AAAAAUUAUUUCUAGCCAACCCGUUUAUUUAAAAACUUGUGAUUUUGGUCAACUAGGUCAUGCCUCCAAAGAAGAAAAGUGAGCCAAGUAAAAAGACAGUCGAAAAGAAGAAAGAGAAAAUAAUAGAGGACAAGACAUUUGGACUGAAGAACAAGAAAGGGAAAAAACAACAACAAUUUAUUAAAAAUGUACAAAAUCAAGUCAAAUAUGGACAACAAAGUUCACAGAAACUUGAAGCAAUGCAAUUUGAAGCAAAGAAAAAGAAGCUCUCAGAUUUAGAGUCAAAGAAAGAGAUGGACUCUCUUUUUAAACCUGUCGCCAAAGCACAAAAACUAUCAGCAGACGCUGACCCAAAGUCUGUCCUCUGUGUGUUUUACAAACAAGGAAUGUGCACCAAAGGAGACAAGUGUAAAUUCUCACAUGAUCUAUCAUUAGAAGGGAAAUCAGAAAAGAGGAGCAUGUAUGUAGAUGCUAGAGACUUGGAAAAUGACACUAUUGAUACUUGGGAUGAGGAGAAGUUGAAGGAGGUAGUAGAUAAGAAACAUGGCGCCAAAGUCAUGCCUAAAACUGAAAUAGUUUGCAAGUUUUUCCUUCAAGCUAUAGAAGAUGGUAAGUAUGGCUGGUUUUGGGAGUGUCCUAAUGGAGGAGAUAAGUGCAUUUAUCGUCACUGUCUACCCCCUGGGUUUGUUUUCAAAACAAAGAAGAAGGGACCGGAAGAUGCUAGUGCUGAGCCUGAUAUUACCAUGGAACAACUAGUGGAAGAGGAGAGACAAAAGCUGCUGAGCUCGGGUAAAACUCUUACUAAGGUGACUCUGGAAUCAUUCUUAGCCUGGAAGAAAAGAAAGUUAAAAGAAAAGAAAGAUAAACUAGCAGUUGAUACUAGCAAAAAGAAAGAAGCAAUGAAGGCAGGAAGGACAGUUGGGAUCAGUGGUAGAGAGAUGUUUGAGUUUAAUCCUGAACUGAAGGGAGAAGGAGGAGAUGGUGAAGAUGAUGAAGAGACUGUAGUCAUGAUACCAAGAGAAGAUGAUGAAGAUGAUGCCGGUGGAGCUACUGCAGUUGAUUUAACUAACUUCAACAAUGAAUGGGCAACCGUAACACACCACCAAGGAGAUGAUGACGACGACGACGACGAUGAAGUUGUUCCUAAAGGAGCAGUGGGAGGAGCAGACCCUGUACAGAUCGAUGAGAUGCUUUUCACUGAGGAAGAUGGUGACAUACCAGUAGACGAAGAAUUAUUUGAUGUCGAUGAAGAUGAAUUACUAGAGGAACAAUUACUAGCGGCUACCAUCACUAACAGCUUGCACAUACAACAACAAGACAAUAGUGAGAGUGACCCUGAGUCUGUGGAGUAACUCCAAUCUCUUUGUAAUAUUUUAAUUGUAUUGUCGGAAUAACUGUUAAUAACAAUUAUUAUUUAAGUCAUGAGGAAAUUAAUAAUAAUUAUUGAUUUUGAUCAUGAGCAAUAGAAUGGGCCACUGUAGUUGUAGCGAUUGUUUUCCUGGUCGUAUGGAUAAUAACAAUUCCUGUAGUCACUGGCUCUCCAUGGCUGGUAUAGAUAGAGCAGUAUUGCAGCAGCCAUUAUAGCUA